AUGUUUCGGCCAGUCGAUCGACCCCUGAGUUUCAGGCAGCGCGCCAACGAGUGGAUCUAUAAGAUGUUAUUUCUCUGGUCGAGGGAGCCAGUACCGGGUCCGAAGGCCGGUCCCUGGUUCGCGUGGUUCGCCACAGCAUUGGUUCUCUGGCGUUGCAGAAGAAGCGUGACCAAAGCGAUCCUGGCCGUGUCGCCUCUGAGACUCCUGAAGAAGCGGAACGCCUUGUCGUCUGCCGUCUCGAAGACGUCCAUGGUGACGCAGACGAAGCAGCAGCCGCGGCUGAAGCUUGAAAAUCCUAUAUUGCAGCGGAAAUACAAACACGCGAUCAAGAAGGUGAAGAGAUACUGCACCGGCGACGGGCCUCACGUGAACAACCUAUCGUCGGCCAUACAGAGCCAGCAGAUACACUAUCGAGUGACCAGAAGCGGCAAAAUAUACGGGAAAUAUCCGCACAAGGCUGCCACGGCGGCUAAUAACAGCUAGGGAAGCCACCGAAGCGCGACGAUUCCAUUUACCCCCGAUUGUUUAGCACCGACAGCUUCUACCCGCGUUCGCGACUAAAGCAGUCGUCGCAGCGUUGCGAUUCGUCCUCAGGAACCACCGAGAAACGCGUAUGCAUGUACGAAACGCAUUCUGGGUUUAUCAUAAAGUCAUUUUACCAAAGGAACCGUUGUUUCUGUUCGGCGCCGGGCGACAUUGUUGGAACCAGAUGAUAAUUUCAAGCCUUUCGUAACUUUGAAUCCAGCGAAGUUUCCAAAAUUUAAUGGGAUAUAUUGAAAUCGUCACGUGGGAGAGUUAUUUAGGGGA